AGGAAGCGCGAGGGAGGACCGCGCGGCCGGCGCCCGGGUCUGCGCUGGACCUCAGCACGCCCCGGCACCGGCCCCGGCCCCGGCGGCGAUGGGAGCCCGCCGCCCGCGGGGACGACGCCUCUGAGACCCCCGACCGGCCGCCGGGACCAUGAAGAGCAACCGGGCCCGCCAGGGCGGAGGGGGCGCCAAGGACUUCGGCGUGGGACUCAAGUACAGCUCGCGGCCUGAGAACAUGAAUGGCUUUGAGGAAGGCGUGGAGUUCUUGCCAGUCAACAAUACCAAGAAGGUCGAGAAGCGGGGCCCGAAGCGCUCCGUGGUGCUGGUGGCCGUGCUGGUCGGCUUCUUCUUGCUUUCUCUCAUGACUGGUUUCCUGGUCUGGCACUUCCAGUACCGGAGCGUGCGGGUCCAGAAGAUCUUCAAUGGCUACCUGAGGAUCACGAAUGAGAACUUUCUGGAUGCCUAUGAGAACUCGAACUCCACUGAGUUUGCAAACCUGGCCAAGAAGGUGAAGGAAGCGCUGAAGGUGCUGUACAGUAGGGUCCCAGCCCUGGGCCCCUACCACAAAGAGUCGGCCGUGACUGCCUUCAGCGAGGGCAGCGUCAUCGCCUACUACCGGUCGGAAUUCAGCAUCCCGACGCACCUGGUGGAGGAGGCCGAGCGUGCCAUGGCGGAGGAGCGCACGGUCACUCUGCCACCCCGUGCCCGCACCAUGCAGUCCUUCGUGCUGACCUCGGUGGUGGGCUUCCCCACUGACCCCAGAACAGCACAGACCACCCAGGACAACAGCUGCAGCUUUGCCCUGCACGCCCGAGGCCGGGAACAGACUCGCUUCACCACGCCUGGCUUCCCCGACAGCCCCUACCCAGCUCAAGCCCGCUGCCAGUGGACCCUGCGAGGGGACGCCAACUCCGUGCUGAGCCUCACCUUCCGCAGUUUUGAUGUUGCGAACUGCGACGACCAGGGCAGUGACCUGGUCACGGUGUAUGACACCCUGAGCCCUGUGGAACCCCGGGCCGUGGUGCAGCUGUGUGGCACCUACCCUCCCUCCUACAACCUGACCUUCCUCUCCUCCCAGAACGUCCUGCUCGUCACGCUGAUAACCAACACCGAUCGGCGACAUCCUGGCUUUGAGGCCAUGUUCUUCCAGCUGCCGAGGAUGAGCAGCUGUGGAGGCUCCUUACGGGAGGCCCAAGGCGUGUUUAGCAGCCCCUACUAUCCAGGCCACUACCCGCCCAACAUCAACUGCACGUGGGACAUCCAGGUGCCCAACAACAAAAAUGUGAAGGUGCUCUUCAAAUCCUUCUACUUGUUGGAGCCCAACACACCCCCAGGCUCCUGCCCCAAGGACUACGUGGAGGUCAACGGGGAGAAGUACUGCGGAGAGAGGCCCCAGUUUGUCGUUUCCAGCAGGAGCAGCAAGAUCACUGUUCGCUUCCACUCGGAUCAGUCCUACAGUGACACAGGCUUCUUGGCCGAGUACCUCUCCUAUGACUCCAGUGACCCAUGCCCGGGGAAGUUCAUGUGCAACACGGGGCGCUGCAUCCGGAACGAGCUGCGCUGUGACGGCUGGGCCGACUGCACCGACUACAGCGACGAGCUCAACUGCAAGUGCAACGCCACCCACCAGUUCACGUGCAAGAACAAGUUCUGCAAGCCCCUCUUCUGGGUCUGUGACAGCGUGAAUGACUGCGGGGACAACAGCGAUGAGCUGGAGUGCAGUUGUCCGGCUCAGAGCUUCAAGUGUGCCAAUGGGAAGUGCCUCUCACAGAGCCAGAAGUGUGACGGGAGGGACGACUGUGGGGACGGGUCUGAUGAGGCCACAUGUGACAGCGUGAGCACUGUUACCUGCACCAAAUACACCUAUCGCUGCCAAAACGGGCUCUGUGUGAGCAAGGGCAACCCCGAGUGUGAUGGGAAGGAGGACUGCAGUGACGGCUCAGAUGAGAAGGACUGUGACUGUGGGCUGCGGCCGUUCACCAGGCAGUCUCGGGUCGUUGGCGGCACGGAUGCAGACGAAGGUGAGUGGCCCUGGCAGGUGAGCCUCCACGUGCUGGGCCAGGGCCACGUGUGCGGGGCUUCACUCAUCUCUCCCAACUGGAUGGUGUCUGCCGCCCACUGCUACGUCGACGACCGAGGAUUCAGGUACUCCGACCACACCCUGUGGACCGCCUACCUGGGCCUGCACGACCAGAGCAAGCGCAGCGCCCCCGGGGUGCAGGAGCGCCGGCUCAAGCGCAUCAUCUCCCACCCUGCCUUCAACGACUUCACCUUCGACUACGACCUCGCACUGCUGGAGCUGCAGCAGCCCGCAGAGUACAGCAGCAGCGUGCGGCCCAUCUGCCUUCCGGCCGCCUCCCAUGCCUUCCCUGCCGGCAAGGCCAUCUGGGUCACCGGCUGGGGCCACACCCAGGAGGGAGGCACCGGGGCGCUGAUCCUGCAGAAGGGCGAGAUCCGGGUCAUCAACCAGACGACCUGCGAGAGCCUGCUGCCGCAGCAGAUCUCACCGCGCAUGAUGUGCGUGGGCUACCUCAGCGGGGGCGUGGAUGCCUGCCAGGGCGAUUCCGGGGGCCCCCUGUCCAGCGUGGAGGCAGACGGGCGGAUCUUCCAAGCCGGCGUGGUGAGCUGGGGUGACGGCUGCGCCCAGAGGAACAAGCCAGGCGUGUACACCAGGCUUCCUGUCUUUCGGGACUGGAUUAAAGAGCAGACGGGGGUAUAGAUGCAAGGGCCAUCCACCAGCCACCCUAACAUGCACACCAGUGGGCUGAGGACAGGGUCGCUAACUGCACGUCUGCCUCGGGCCCCCCAGAACCCAGACUGAACUGAAUCCCCAGGACUCUGGAGAUGGAGAUUGGCCUGGAGAGCCUGUCACCUCCCUCAGCCUCCAAAGCGGUUUGGGAGAUGGGAGGGCAGGCCACUGGCAGUGCCGUGAGGCCAGAGCCG